AUGUCCGCCCAGGCGUCGGGGGCCGAUGACCCCGAUGCCAAGUCAAGAUCUCAGCCUGGUCAGGUCCGGUUCUCCGCCGUCACCCAGGAGAUCGAACCCGCCUCAUUGCAGUCGCCCACCCUGGAGCACACUCAAGACGAGCUCCGCAAGAAGCCAACCUCCGAGGAGGAAUUGCGUUCCUUGGCUAAGAGCCUGCAGAAUACGGACCUUCAGGAAUCUCGUCUGCGCAACUUCUCCUUCGACCCAAUGUCUCUCCCCGCAUCACGACUCCUAUGUGACCUCCCCCCACGCAUCUCCCCCGUCUCCGCCACACAGUCUCCCCUCCUGACCCCCGCCGUCACCCACUCCCGCGAAGAUCGAUCCAGCGAUAGCUUGGCUUCACUCAACGCCGUGGGCCGAGCAAAUGCUCAAGCAUCGGCUAUUACUCCUGAAACAUCGCCUCCGGUCACAUCCGGCGACAAGAAUGGCACUCAGAGAAGCGCCCCGACUUCGCGCCCCUCAUCCACUGAUCGAUUGUCCGCAAAACAAAGCGGUGCAUCCGAACCCUCUUCGCAUGCUUCCCAUGUACCAAGACACCGAGCUCAAUUCUUUAUCGGGACUGACGCCACCAGCUCUCAAGAAGAGAGCCCUCCUGCCACCCCGAGGGAAUCCUACACGCCACCGAGUACUAUCACACCAAUUGGCGAACCCAACGACCCGUACGCCCGCAGCAAGCGGCAGCCACAAUCCAAAAAUCUGGCGCAACUAGAUGCACGAUUUAUCUUUGGAAGCCGUGACUCAAAGCGUUCAUUCCGUCCUGGAACCCCUCGGUCGGCUAGUGCAAGUGAUGUCACCAAAGCAGGCGACAGGAAGAGCAUCUUUGGAAAUAACAAAAAGGAACAUAAUGAGGCAAAAACUGGAGGCCAUCAUCAUCAUCAUCAUCAUGGCUCCAUGUCCGAGCUGAAGCGGUUCUUCAAGAUGGGUCACCGGAGCAAGCGACCCGACUCACCAACUACAGCUGGUAAACGAUCGAGCCGAACAUCGGGCAAGAACUCACCGUACCAGAUGGCGACUGAUAGUGUACCUUUCGCUGAUGAUCAUGGGCUGAACUCCAAAUACGGCAAGCUGGGGCGGGUCCUCGGAUCUGGAGCAGGCGGCUCGGUUCGACUACUGAAGCGAAACAGCGACGGAGUUACCUUUGCAGUGAAGCAGUUCCGUGAUCGUCAUAGCUGGGAAAGUUUGAAAGAAUAUUCCAAGAAGGUGACGGCCGAGUUCUGUAUUGGUUCCACCUUGCACCAUGGCAACAUUAUCGAGACCCUGGACAUCAUUCAAGAAGGUAGCCACUGGUAUGAGGUGAUGGAAUAUGCGCCAUUUGAUCUGUUUGCGAUUGUCAUGACCGGCAAGAUGAGCAAGGAGGAGAUUGCCUGUUCGUUUAAGCAGAUUCUCAGUGGUGUGGCAUAUCUCCACGGCAUGGGUUUGGCCCACCGAGAUUUGAAAUUGGACAAUGUCGUGGUAAAUGACCGCGGCAUCAUGAAACUGAUUGACUUUGGAAGUGCGGUUGUGUUCCGCUAUCCAUUUGAGAAUGAUAUUGUUCCUGCUUCAGGUAUCGUGGGCUCCGAUCCAUACCUUGCCCCUGAGGUUUACGACGAGAAGAAAUACGACCCUCGCCCCACGGAUGUUUGGUCGCUGGCGAUCAUCUUCUGCUGCAUGACUCUGCGCCGUUUCCCAUGGAAGCAACCGCGCACCACAGACAACUCUUAUCGUCUGUUUGUUGCUAAUCCGACCCCCGGCACUCCGGUGCCGGAUAGCAACCCCCGCGGUCAUAUUCGACCCAAGUCUAGCUCCGAUCUUCCAUCCAUUACCCAUGAACAGAAGCAUCUUCCUCCCACUUCCGCCCCGAGCCUUCCUGAUGGGGCUGACGCUGGAUCGGACCAGAACGGGAAAGCUGACUCCGACUCCCAAUUUCCAUCAUCACCCACUGAAUCUGCAAAGCAGUCCAACACCCGGACCAGCAACCACGAAAAGCCUUCUCGGACCACUAGCAAAGAGGCACCACCCCUUCCACCGGGCUCAGCGCCCCAGCCUCCCAAACAGGAAGUCAUCAAGGGUCCUUGGCGACUUCUCCGCAUCCUGCCGCGGGAAAGUCGGUAUAUCAUUGGCCGCAUGCUGAAGGUCAAUCCGAAGGAGCGCGCGACCCUCGACGAGGUCAUGUCCGAUGAAUGGGUGCGCAACAUCCAUGCAUGUGAGCAGCUGGGCACUGGCGAGAUCAUACCCGCAGAAGGCCACACUCACGUUCUCGAGCCUCCGUCGCACAGUCCUCCCGUUGCCAGCAAAGGUAACAAGGGCAAAUGA